AUGAUUCAAACAUCAAUCCAGUUUGAGGGCCUUCCAAAUGAUGAUCUAAAUGCCCAUAUUUCAAAGUUCUUAGAGAUAUGUGAUACCUUUAAACACAAUGGUGUCAUAGAUGAUGCAAUUCAUUUGAGGCUUUUCCCUUUUUCAUUGAGGGACAAAGUUGAAGUGUGGCUAAAUGCAAUCCCUACUAGAUCCAUAACAACUUGGGAUAAUCUUGCUCAAAAGUUCCUUGCCAAGUUCUUUCCUUCAGCUAAAGCAGCAAAAAUGAGGAAUGAUAUCACAUCAUUUAUGCAGCUAGAUUUUGAAUCGUUGUAUGAGACAUUUUACAAUAUAUUGAAUGGUUAUGUUCGAACCACCACUAAUGCCACUAUUGGAGGAGCUUUAAUGGUUAAGUCAAUUGAUGAGGCAUACGAUUUGUUGGAGGAGAUGGCUUCAAACAACUACCAGUUGCCCAUAGAGCGAUCAAUGCAUAGGAAAGUAGCUAGAGUUCAUGAUGUGGAUGCCUUCACGACAUUAUCAGCACAGUACAGAAAUAGUGCAAUUUAUGGGCAACAAAUAGUAGAACAAUCCUCACUCCAACAGUUACCACCCAGGGUCAAGGAACCCUCCAAACUUCUCUUGGGCUCAAGAACACUACUUAGUGAUAAAGAGGCAAAUCCGAGGAGGGAAGGUAAGGAACAUGUCAAUGCCAUUAUCUUAAGAAGUGGUAAGGAAGUGGAAAGUAACCCAAAGCAAGCUGAACAGAAAGACAAAAUAGUUGAGAAUGGGGCACAGACUACGAGUUCUAAUGAGCAGUGUCAAAAGUUAGAGACUAAGUCAACUCUACCACCAGCACCUUUUCCUCAGCGUUUCAAGAAACAACAAGAAAACCAGUUUUGGAAAUUUAUGGAGAUGUUUAAAAAGCUUCAAAUCAACAUUCUUUUUGUUAAAGCUUUCAAGAAAAUGCCUUCAUAUGUAAAAUUUCUUAAGGAUAACUUAUCUAAAAAGAGGAAAUUGGAAGACUUUCAAACUGUUGUCUUUACUAAGAAGUGUAGUGUUAUUUUCCAAAACAAGCUUCCAUUAAAGCUUAAAGAACCAGGGAGUUUUUCUAUCCCUUACACCAUUGGUAGUUUUAAAUUUUCUAAAGCUUUGUGUGAUUUAGGUGUUAGUGUUUCAAUUAUGCCUAUGUCUAUUGCCAAGAAACUUGGACUUAAUGAGAUACAACCUAUUACAUUUUCUUUGCAGUUAGUAGAACAAACAAUCAGAUACCCUAUUGGGAUUAUAAAGGAUGUGUUGCUCAAAGUUGGGCAUCUCUUCAUUCUGGUAGGCUUCAUUGUGCUUGAGAUGGAAGAGGAGGUAGAAACUCCUUUAAUCCUGGAACAACCUUUCUUAGUGACUACAGGCACAAUCAUUGAUGUGAAGGAAAGCAAUAUGACUUUUAAAGUUGGAGAGGAGAUAGUCACUUAA